AUGGAAAGAAAAAUAAAGUCCAAAAAAAAAGUUUCAAGUUCACAAAAAAAUAAAAUAAUAAAUGUAGAUGACAGAUUAAAUAAUCAAUUUAUAAAAACAUCAGAACCAAAAAUAAGCAAAGAAACUUUGUAUUUUGAUAAAAAUAUGAAUAACAGUAUUAUUAAUAAAAUUAAAUUACCUACAAAAGAUUUAGAAAAAGAAAUGAAAGAGAAGACAAAAGAAGAAAUAAAAAGAUACAUAUGUGUGGAAGAAAAUAAAAGUAAUAUAAAAAAUAUAGAUCAUUUAAAUAACCCUAUAGGUGAAAAUAUAAAAAAAGAGAAAGAAAAUAAAAAUAUUCUUAAUAAAACCAAAAAAUAUAAUUUAAUUGACACACAAACAGGCAAUAUAGAAUAUAAUAGCACAAGUUAUGCAGAAGAAAAUAUAGAUGAUUUAAUUCAUAAUAUUGAUGAUAAAGAUAAUUUUUUUUCUUUUUCUAACAAUCACAAACUAAUAAAUAUAAAAAGCAGAGAAAUAUUUAAAAGAAAUAUGCCUAUUACAGAUGAAAAUUUCAAUUGUGAAGAUACACAUUUUAUAGGACAAAAUGAGAAAAAAUGUAAUUUAGAAGAAUUUAAUAAAAGUUUACAAUUUUUAGAAGAUAUUGAAGAAUUUAAAAAGAAAAAGAAAAAAAUGGAUGACGCUGUUUUAAAUAUAGGAAAAUCAAAUGAGAAAAAUUCAAAAGAAAUUAAUGAAAAAAAAAAAGAGAAAUUAUGUUUGAUAGAAGAAAAAGAAACAUCUUCAUAUAAAUUAAAAAAAAAAAAGAAAAUAGAGAAAUACAAUAUCAGUUGUGAAGAAAAAGAAAAAUAUAUGAAAAAUUAUAUGCUCAAAUUAGAGGAACAAUAUAAGCAAAAAAAAGAAGAUGAUUUACAAAAAGAAAUAAGUGAAAAUAAAGAAGAAUUAAAAAAAUUCCAAGAUAGACAGAAUACUUUUCUUAAUUUUUUAAAAAAUCCUAGAUUAAAUUUACCAAAAAAUGAAGAUUUAAACGAUUAUUUGUCUGUAUAUCCUGAAACUAUACAUUUUACAGAUAUAACGAAAGGUAUGAGGUUGACAAAAGAUUUAUUAAUUACAAACAAAAGUAAAAUUUUAUUACAUGUUAUAAUUAUACCACCUUUAACAAAAUACUUUUUUGUAAAAGAAAUAAUUAAUAUAUAUAACAAAAGUGAAGAAAAUUCUAAAAUAAAUUUAAAUAAUCAAAUAGCACCUGGACAUACAUUAAAAAUUAAAAUAUGUUAUAAUGUUUUUACAUUGAACCAACAAAAUGAUCAUAUAAAAUUAUUAACUGAAGCUGGAAAUAAAAUUAUAAAUUUAAAAGUAUUUCAAUCUAUACCAAAUAUAAAAUUCGAUAAAGUUUUAAAUUUUGGACCCAUUAGACCUAAUGAAAAAAAAAAAAAAUUAUUUCCGAUAAGAAACAAUGGAAAGGAAACAAAUAUAUUGAUACUUCCUAAAAAGUUAUAUAAUUUGUUUGAAACAAAAAAAAAUAUUGAAAAGGAAGAAAAUAUUUUAAAUUUGCUUAUAAAGAAAUCAGAAGAAAAAAAUGAAAUAAUGAAAAUAAAUGAAAACGAAGAUAUAUAUUAUAUAUACAAUAAUGUAAAAAGUUAUUCUUAUAAUUUUUUGUUUUUGUAUAAAAAGUUAGUUAACAAUUUUGAUGACAUAUAUUUUGAAAACAUAUUACAAGAUUUUUAUUAUUUUAAUUUGAAAAAUUCAGAAGAAAAAACAAUUAAUUUUUUUUUUAAAAGCAAUAAAAUAGGAAUAUAUGAAAAAGAUUAUUUUAUCAUAACAGAUAUUGAAUGUAAUUUUGAUGAAUUAGAAGACAAAAAAGAAUAUGAUUUUAUUAAUUAUAAUAAAUUAAAUAUUUUUCAAUUUUCCGUUAAGACUAUUGUGGAACCAUUAUUACUAAAUUUACUUUAUAUGAAUAGAAAAAUAGAAAAAGAUACUUAUAAAAAGAAUUUAUUAGAAUACAUUCAAAAUAAUAAAAAAGAUAAUUUAGAUUAUUUUUUCUACAUUAAUUCUUUAAAUUCAUUUAAAUUUUCUGAUAUUCAAAUUUGUAGUGGAUAUAAUUGGUUAGAAAUAGAAGUUUUAAACAGUGGAUUAAUAGAUUUAGAAAUUUCAUGCAAUAUUUAUAUAAAAGAGAAUGAAGGUAUUCAAUCAAAACCAUUUAUAUUGGAUAUACAAAAUAAAGGAAAUUAUUAUUACGAUGAACUUUUUGAUGAUACUUUAACACAUUCUUUAUAUGAAGAGUCUUCAAAGGAUCCUUAUAUAAUAAAAGAAAAAAACAAAAAAGGAAAAAAGAAAAAAAAAAAUGGAAAACUAUGCCCAAUAUACAUAUAUCCUAAAAGAUUUAAUUUAUCCUAUAAAAAAAGUCAAAAAAUAUUCAUAGUUUUUAAACCACUUGAAAAACAUAAAAAUUUUAAAAAUUAUUAUUUUAUUUUAGCAGUGAAAAAUUUAACAAAAGGAUCAGAUAUAAAUAUGGAAGAUUUAUUAGAAUUACAUAAGAACAAUCAAGAGAGUGAUGGUAUUCCAUUAGUAUGUAUUAAUGAAAAAAAAAUUAUAAAAAAUAAAAAGCUUCAUGAAAGAUAUUCAGUUAAUAUUUCUAAAUAUGAAAAUACAUCUUCAUCAUCAUCAAUUACAAAAUGUUCUAGAUCAAGUAAUUCUGAAUUAAGUGAAGAAAACAUAAUGAAAAAACAAAAUAUGAAAAAAAGUUAUUUUUAUAAGAAAAACAAAAAAUUAAAAUAUAUAGCACUUUAUGUUAAUUUAUAUGCAAAUAUAAUUAAACCAAGCAUAUAUGUAAACGUAAAAAAUUUAUCUAGAUGCUUUUUUCCUAAUCCUCUAUAUUUAUAUAAGACUAGCUUUACUAUAAAAAAUCAAAACGACUUUUACAUUAAUUAUUUUUUUGAGAAUUUAAAUAAUUUAAAAGAUAUUUCUACUAAUAAAUAUAUUUUAAAAAAUGACAUUAUAAAUAAUCUAAACAAAAAAAUCGAAAAAAAAGAAUUAGAACAUAAAAAAGAAAAAGAAGUUUUAUGUAAACAUGAAAAUAUAGAGGAAAAUAAAUAUAAAAAUAAAGAUGAAAAAAAAUAUAAGGAUAAAAAUGAUAAAGAGAAGAUAUAUGAAGACAAAUCUGUUAACAAUUCAUAUGAUGAUGAAAAAGAUUUUAUAUAUUAUUAUGAUUAUUUUGAUAUAUUAAAUAUCUUAAAAUUAAGGAAAGAAGAAAAAAUAAAAAAAAAAAAAGAAAAGAAAAAUGAAAGUAAAACUCGAAAUAGCAGUACACUAACAAAUAAUAAAAGGGGAAAUAGUAAAAAAAACGAAACAGUUAAACAAACAAACUCAAUAAUAAACAUAAAAAAAAGGAAUUUGAAUGAAGAAAAAAAUCAAAUUGAAGAAAAUUUUAAUGUUAAAAAUGUACCUUAUUACAAUUUGAAUAAAAAAUUAAUAAAAUAUUUUUAUCAAAGAGGGAAUAGUGAUAAUGUUGGUGUAUAUGUUUUAAUACAGAAUUCAAUUAAUAAGAACUCAAACGAAAAUGGUUUAAAAAAUGAAAAAACAAAAGACAGUAAAAAAAAAAAAAAAAACAUUCUUAAAAUAGAAAAAGGAGAUUAUUGCUUAAAACCACAUGAAAAAAAAAAGAUUGUUUUAUUUUUUUUAGUAAACAAAUAUGGAUAUUAUGAGAUAAAUAUUAAUAUGAUUUUCUAUAUGGAUAACUAUAAAAUAAGUAAAAGUAUAAAAGCAAAUAUAUUAGCUAGAUGCAAAGGAUUAAAUAUAAGUAAAGAAACAUUAUUUUUUAAAAAUAGCUAUUCACAUUAUUGCUUUUGUGAUGUUGUAAAAAUAAGUAAUCUAGACAAGGAUUUAAAACUAAUAAACUUAGAUAGUUCUGAUAUUACUUAUUAUGGUUUUAUAUCUUUAUAUAAUUUUUAUCUAUUUGCAUUUAAAAAAAAAAAAAAAAAAAAAAAAAUACAAUACACUGACAUUUUUCAUAAUUUUAUGAAAAAUUUUUACGAAAUUAUAGAAAAAGAUAUGGAUCAUAAUUAUAUUAAAAAAGAAAAUAAAUUUUAUAAUUGUAAUAAAUGUAAAUGCUUUUUUAAAUAUAAUAGUUGUCUUGAUUAUUUAAAGAAUUUUUUUACAAAUUAUAAUAAUAUUACCAAUUAUUUAUUCCAUUUUAAUAAUAAAGAGUACUUAAUUCAAAUAUUAAGUGAAAUUAAUAAUGAAAAUAAAGAAAAAUUAGAUCUGAUUAAAUUUAAUAAUAAUUUUAAAGAUAUAUAUAAUUAUCAUCAAAAUGAAAAUAUUUAUUUACAUAAUAAUAAAAUAGGACAUAAUAAAUAUUUUAUAAUUUAUCCUUCUAAUUUAUUAUUAUUUCCAUUAAAGGAAACUUUUUUCUUUUUUUUCUUCUUUUUCUCUCAUGCUGAAAGUGUAAAUAUAAGUUUAAGUGUUAAAUGGUGUAAAUUUAAUAAAGAUAUUUUUAUAGAAGGAGAAAGUAAAAAUUCUAAUAUAAAAAUAACACAUAAUAAAAAUUUAAAUGUUAAAAAUGUUGACAAUAAAAAAGAACAGAAAGAGAGGAAUUACAUAGGAAUUUGUAGUGGCUUAUUUUAUUUUAACGUAGAGAAUUUAAAUGAUUUAGAAAUUUCUUAUGAAUUUUGUGAAAUGGAUAAUAGUGAAUUUGAAUAUAAUUACUUCAAAAAAAAAUAUAUAAUGAUUUUUAAUUGUAAUGUAAAGUUAGAUUGUUAUUAUAAAGAUUUCUAUUCUUUUAUAAAAAUUAAUAACAUAAAAUAUAUAAAAUCAGAAUGUAAUUUAAAAAAAAAUUCCCUUAAUUAUCAAAAUAGUGAACCUAAUUUAAGUGAAGUAAGUAAAGAAGAUAAUAAAAUUCAUGGUUGCAUAAUCAUGAAUGGUUCUAAUUUAAAUCAUAUAGGAGGUAAGGAUAUUAAAAGGCAUGAAUAUAGAUUACUAUUAUUUUAUGACGACAAUAUAACUAAAGAUAAAAAUUUCUUAAAUUUAAGAUUUUCUAUAAAGUUGAAACAUUUUUAUAAUAAUGAAAUAAUAAAAGUAUCAUCGUAUUUUUAUAUUCAUACAUUUGAUUUUCUCCUAAUUAAUGAAAAUAAUUUAUUAUUAUCUAUUUUUUACUAUUUGAAAAAAAAACUUUUAAUAGAAGAAAAAAAAAAUUCCUUAGAAGAGUAUAAUAAUAAAUCAAAAACAGCAGAAUAUGACAACAAAAAGCAAAUGAAUUCGUUUGUAGAUGAAAUGUUGGAAGAAUUAAAUUUUAUAAAAAAAGAAGAAUUCAAUGAAGAAAAAAAAGACAAUAAUACUACUAAUAUACUAAAUGAAGAUUUUAAAAAAAUAAAAAACUAUUUUGAUAUAGAAGAAUAUGUUUUGUUGGAAUUUCAAAAUUUCAUUUACAAAAUGGAAAAUGAAUCAAAGAAAAAAAUGCAAAUAAAAGAACAAUGUGAAGAAAAUAGUUUAAGAUAUCAUUUUAGUGAAAAAAAAGAAUAUAUUUUUAAAAAUGUGCAGAAUGAAAAACAGAAAAUUAAUUAUUACGAAGAAUUUAUUAACCAAAAUAAAUUUUAUCAAAAAGAUUAUAACAAAGACAAAAUUAUAAAUGAUAAUAUAAUAAAUUUUAUAUGGAAAUAUAUAUUACUAAAAAAGUUAAAUAAUAAAAUUGGUUAUGAUUUUAUAGACUUUAUAAGAAAGCAUAAAUAUGAAUUAUAUUAUAGUUAUGAAAAAAAGGAUAUAAUAAGAGAAAAUGAAUGUAUGAAAAAAGAAAAGAAAGAAAAAAUAAGUAAACAAAAGGUACUAACUAAUCUGUGUAAAAAUUAUUGUUAUGAACUAAACAGAGAAAAUGAUAUUAUAUAUAUAAUAAUUACUAACACAAAUAAAUACAAUUUAAAAUUAAAUUUUGAUUCAAAUCAUUAUAUAAAUGAUACAAUAAAUAAAAUAUUUCAUUAUUGUAUAAAUGAUUUAAUUUUAAAGAAGGAGUGGAAUGGAAUAUCUGAGUUCAUUAAUGAAUACAAGCUAAAUAAAAAUAAAAAAAAAAAAUAUAAAAAUAUAAACAUAAAAACUUUGAAUUCUCAAAGUUAUAAUAAAUUAAAGCAUUUAAAUUUUAUAUAUAAAGAAAGAAAUAAAGAUUAUUAUUAUAAAUAUUUAGAUCAAAUAUUAAAAGAAAAGAAUGAUUAUUGCUUAAAUCUAAAAAAUAAUUUCUUUUUAGAUUUUUUUAUUUUUAAAAAUAAAAUAAAUUCUAUGAAAAGUUCAUUUGUAAAACUUUCUUUAUAUUGUGAUAAUAUAAAUUUUUAUGAAGACGAGAUAACAAUGAAUUUAAAUAAAAGUGAAAAAAUAUGUAAAAUAUUCAUUACAUCAAAAAUAAAAUCAUUGCAUUUAUUAAAUCCUUAUAAAAUAACAAAAGAUGAGGACAAAUGUAUUUUUCUCAAUUGUCUUUAUGUAGAUUAUGAGAUACUCAAAAAUUAUGAAGAAGUUAAUAAAGUUGAAAAAAAUGAAAAAAUAGAACAAAUAUGUAAAUGUUUUGAUGAAAUAUUAAAGCCAUAUGAGAUCAUAAUAUUUAAUUCUUGUAAUUUAAAAAAAAAUAUUACAUGGAGUUUUAGUAAGAUUUUCUAUAAGAAUAAAAAAAAUACAGAAUUAAAGUAUGAAGGAGAAACAACAAAAACAAAUCAAGAAAAGACACAGAAAACUGAAAACAAUGUAAAUGAAAAUAUAAAUGAAAAAGAAAUAAAUGAAGAAAAUAAUAUCCAUACGGAGAAAUUUUUAAACUCUUCUAAUAAUAUAAAUUUUAGAAAUGAAGAUUGUGAACUUAAAAUUGAUAGUAUGAAUAGUUGCAUAAACACAAAAGAAAAAAAAAAAAUUAAAAUAUUUUUAGAAAAUAUAUUACACAAAGAAGGAAAUCAUUUAUAUAAAAUCAAAUGUAAUUAUGAGUACAUAGAUGACAAUAGCUUGAAUAAUAGAAUAAAAAAUGAUGUUUCUAAUUAUACUAUAAAUGAAGAUUUAAAGAAAUUAUUAUUUCUUGAUUUUUACUUAUAUAUUAAUAUUGAAAAACCUCAAAUAAUGCUAUUAUACAAUAAUCAAGUUUAUUAUGAUAAAAAAAUUAAGUUUGAUUUCAAUUAUUUCAAUAAAAAAGCUUAUAAAAAAAUAAAUAAAAUGUACAAAAGUCAAAUUAUUAAUGAUAUAAUAUAUGAGGAUAUGAAUGAAAUAAAUAAAUAUUUUGAUAUAAUUUUUUUGAAGAAUAAAAAUCUUAAGUUAUAUUUUAUUAAUCAACAAGAUAUUCACUUUUUUACUUAUAUUUAUACAAAAAAAUUUUUUGUAAUAAAAAAUAUUUACAUAGAUAAUGAAGAAUUUGAUCAUUCUAAUACUCAUAUUUUUAAUAUAAAAAGAAAAUGUAAUGUCUGCAUAGAAUUAGAAAUAGACGAAUUAAAAUUUAAAAAUGAGAUAAAAAACAAUAUGAAUAAUUCUUCUACUUUGAAAAAUAACAUAAGUAAAAAACUUAUAUAUGAAGAUUUUUUAAUUUUUCAAUAUUUAACAAGCAAAAAUCAACAAAAGUUCUUAAUUGAAUGUCAUUAUAAUGUUUCCUUUAUAAUAUUAAAAGAAAAUAAGUAUAUAUUUCAUGAAUUUAAUAAUUUAAAAAGGAAAGAUCAAGGAAUAAAUAGUAAAGAGCUAAAUGAUAUAGAAAAUAAUCUUUUAGAUAAUAUAAAAAAAGGAAAAAUAAUUUAUAAUGAAAUUGAAGUCAAAAACAAUAUUUACUUUAUUUAUAUUCAUUUUACUGAAUUAAAAAUAUAUAAAUUUUGUUUAUUUUUAUUUAAUACAACAAAAAUUCCUGCUACUUGGAAUAUAAAAGAGAAUUCUUCAAACCUUAUUUCAAGUUCAUUAAAAAAUAUAAAUAGUAAAAUAUUUCAUUUCAGUAAAACAAAAGGCAUAUUAUUUGGGGAAACAUAUGACAUUCAUAGUGUAAAUUCUAACAAAUAUGAGAAAAAAAAAAAUCCUUUUUUAUUUCCUGAUUAUUUAAUAGUAACAUUUGAACCAAUAAGUAAAAGUGAUAUAACUAAAAAAUAUUGCAUAAAUAUUGCCGAUGGUGAAAAGAUAUAUUUUUAUUUAAAAGCAAUUUAUCAACAAAAAAAUGAUUAA